AUGUUCAAGAAGAGGACAAGUGGUAGUGACAGUAACAGAAGGAAGAAAGUCCGGCUGGAAGUUGACCGAGAGAAGAGCGAUGAGAUGUCCUUGAAGACGCAGACCGAAGCUACAAAAAUUGACAAUGAUGCUAAGGGCACUAGUGGUACGGGUAAACGUGGUGGUGACGAGGUCUUGAGGUUGGGUGACGAUAGCGACGAUGAAAGGAAGUUUACUCUGUCGGUUAAUGAUGAUGCGACCAGAGAAGAUAGGCUUACGGCAGAGCUGCAGAAUUCGAGCAAAGGUUCCAAGCGAAUAGGACAGCCUUCAAAUGUACGAACGACUCUACUUAUGGACUAUCAGCCGGAUGUGUGCAAGGACUACCAGCAGACGGGCUACUGCGGGUAUGGCGAUAGCUGCAAGUUUCUGCAUACAAGAGAUAGUUUCAAAGGGGGCUGGCAGCUUAAUCAGGAAUGGAAAAUAGAUUCAAAUGAGGCGACCGAAGAAGCGGGAAAGCCCGUAGAUCUGUCUGAAGUGCCUCCAAAGUGCGCUAUCUGCGAAAAGGAGUACAAGAGCCCGGUUCUCACUUCAUGCGGACAUUACUUUUGCAGCGGUUGUUUUACCAAACGUGUACGACAGGAUUCCAAGUGUCUGAUAUGCGGGCGUGAUACGCAUGGCGUUGCCAAGAUGGCAAAUAAUUUGAGAAAACUGCUCAAGGCGAAACAGUCGAGUUGA